GUACAUGUACAGCAUGUAUGUGGAUUCGUUCAACUGCAGUUACUGUACUAUCUUUGUCUGUUCAGUUUGAAAUCGUCUCUAAACGCCUCCCCCGCAUACCGUUUUAUAGAUAAGUAGUAUUUAUCCAACAAACACAUGUAGUAUAUGAAGCGGCUGUAGGUAACAACAAAACAGCAUGGAAGACCAGGAAAGAGGGAACAUAUUUCUGAAAAUACGCAACGCCCAACUUGGAAAUGCGCCCAUCAGAUGUGUUUCGGAGAUUCCCCAGCCAAUUCUAGCAGACUGCGAUGACCGACUUGGCCUGGAGAAUGGAGAACAGAUCCCUGCUCGUAUCAGUGGCCUAUAUCAAUGUGCCCAAAAUCUGCUGGACAGACACCGGACAACCAAUGAGCAAUACCUACUCUGCAUAAGCAAGCUGAAGUUUCUAAAGAGGCUUCUCAACUCUGAGAGUUCCCAGGAAUACCCCCGUAGGAGUGGUCAGACACGAGAAAGUCGAGUCAUCCAUGCUGAAGUCAUCUAUCUGUUUGGAGGAGUCGAGGUGAUGGUACAGCUGCUAUUGUUACCACAGUAUUACCCUCUACUUAAGUCGGAGAAUUCUAAGGCAUUUAAAGCAGAAUCAGAGCUAAGGACAAGAUUAGCGUACCAAGUACUGGAUGUCUUGCAUUUCAUGUGCAUCUGUAUGGGUCCAGACAUCGCAGGUCCCUUGUCAGAGAGGGAAGGUCUUAUCCUACAUCUGUUCAGCCUCAUGUCAGAGAAGGCCUGCUUCCUGAAGGCGGCUACACUCUUGGAAGACAUUCUUGGUGUCAAGCAGACUAUGAUCUCAUUGGACAAAAUACCUAAGCUAGACAGCCUGGUCGAUAGCUUUGAUGAGGAGCAGGUAGCCAACUUCUGUCGGGUCCUCUCAAUUGCCGUGUCGGACACUGAUGGUAGAGAUGAACAGCUCAACCUAGUGGCCCAGGACAGGGCCAACCGCAACCGGACUGGGGUGCCGAUUUCAGACCUAAACCAAGAAAUUCUCGUUGGGCUUCCAAAUUUUGUCAUGAAGUUAGUACAGAUUGCCUGCAAGAGGAUAGACACACCUUCAACAAGCAGCAUCCCCAACCUAUACAGUGAGAUUGAGGGCUGGGUGACGUGGCUGGAUAGCUCCCUUGCCUUUGAUGCUCUAGCCGAGGUAGCCACUGAAGAGGAAGUCUUCCUGAAUCUACCCUUGAAUGAUUUGUCAGCGCCCAUACCCCAGUCACUGAAGACCAUGCAUGAACUAGUGUACAAAGUAGAGGUGUUGUACGUUUUAUGUCUUCUGCUAACGGGCAAACAGCGUACAAAGGUUCAUGAAAUGUUGUCCAAGUACAAGUUGAUGGCGGGUCUGAACGUCCUGUUUGAUAAGGUCAUCUGGAGAUGUAACCUAAGAUCUCAGCCUAUGCAUGGACUGAACGAGAACUGUGACUGCAGUCCGGAGGUGGCGCUCAAAGUACAGUUCCUGAGACUGGUCCACAGCUUCUGUGAUCAGAACGAGAAUAAGUACCUUAUACUUACAAGAAGUGAGAUCAACGAGUUGAACAGAAUAUCAACCAGUGCCAACCUUCCACCAUUAGAGGCAGUCAGAGACAUUGAUAGGUCUUUGCUGUGUACGGGGCCAAAGGGAAUCUUAACCAAGCUUGUUGAUGUACUUAAGAAGGAGCCUGCCGAGUCACCAUUCAGGUUCUGGAUGUCCAGAUCAAUUGAGAGCUUCCUGAGGGGUAAGACCUCCUUUGCUGACCAGACCUUCUUGCUCAGGAAGGGUCUCCUAGAGGCCAUCUUCACCAACAUCAACAGCGUAGGCACCAAGUCCAAGGAGGUGCUACAGAGCAACUUUGACCUGUUGGCCGAACUCAUGAAGUUCAACCACAUUGCCUUCAAGAGAUUCAACAAGUUGAUUGACACGCAAGAAAAGUUGGAUUCCUUCCUGAAGUUGGUGACAGAGAAUAUUGUGGACUCCAACAUGUUUGUCCGAUGUCUGAUCCUGACCUUGGAUCAUUUCCAGAGGGAACAGCCUGACAAUUACGAGUAUGCCAUGAGGAGUUGCCGGCUGCUCCAGUUCAUCCGCAAGAGAGAAAUGAGAAUAAGAUUCCUCAUCAAACUCAUCAAUACUGUCCACGUCGAAAUCCUCACACAGGAGAACGUGAGCUGCCUGAACACCACCAUUAUCUUCCUGAUGUUUGCCGAGCGGUCGUGUGAGCUGCCCCAGUAUCUCUCAGAGCUAAGGGAUGAGGAACAGAGCCAGCUCAAGCCAGGCUUCCUGCUGCAGAACUUCAGAGAGCUUGUGUUCUUCUGGAGAGAUCAUUACCUUCACAAAGACAAGGACUCUAGCCAGCUUGAGAAGAGUUCCUGCAUUCCAUUUGAAAAGUGGACAGCCAUUGCCAACAUCUUGGUAAGCAGUGACGUGACAUCCACCUACACAAUAGCACACUAUCUAAACAAGGAUGACCUCUUGACCAAGGACAUGGAUGUGGACCUACCAAGGACGUCCUAGGAUCAGAGAGACUGCACGAGAAACCAGACGGCUGUGUAUAGGAGCUGGAGUGCCAUUGAGACUCAGGAAAGACAUUGCAGGAGAACUGGAGGGGCCUUAAAAAGUUUGAUUACCAGUUUCAACUUGGAUGAAAUGCUGGUAAUGAAAUCAGGAAAGAAGACCCUAGAAUGGUGCUUGUGGCGAACAGUGUAUCACAGUGGACAUCCAGCAGUUUGAAGGCAGGACCAAAUCGGAAUGGUUAUUUUACGAGGAGUUAAUAUUGAGGAUUUGAAAACCAAUGAAAAAUCAGCAGCGCUGGACUGAAUCAUGGCAGUGAUGAUAUGGCAAGGUUUACAACAUUUUACCGAUUUUAGAGAAGUGUAUUUUUGGAAAACAUGUACUUGAAGAUGGUAGCAAGCAAUGAAUUGUCAGAAAGACACAACAUUUCAAUGAACAGUGUGGACAUUUCUGGUUUAUAUAGAGAUGUUUGUAAAAACGUUUAGCGACCAGGCUUUUAUCAGUAAUCUCCAUUUUCCAGUAGGAAAGCACAAGUGUAGCUUGCUAUUAUGAGGUUGAAGUAAAGAGCCUCUCAUAACACUUAAACAGGAAAAUGACAGUCUUCAUCUCUGUGGCACGGGGUCUGAGCUUGUUUCCAUAUUAACACUCGUGCAUGGACGCCUCUUCAAUUAGAAAUGUAUUCAAGAACAGUCAAAGGUAAAGAUUCUCGUUGGAAAUUCUUCAUCUUCCCUAAAACAAUAUGUCUGUACCUAGCUGAACGGCAGAGUUGUGAUCAGCUCAUUCACAGGUUGAAUCACCAGUCAGUUCUCGAGGUCACACCGUAACAGCCCUGGAUGAACAGUGAUAAGGGAAGGCGUUUCUCACACUUCAUGUGAAUUGGUUGUGACUGAUGACACCUUGAUGACUUGAUAGCAACUCUGUGAAUGGGCAUAUUCUCAACUUUUGAAUAUUUGUCGGUUUGAAGUGUUGCAAGGUGCUGAAAGGAUUAGUCACAGCAAAACUUCAUCCAUGAAAGACAUACAAGUACUCAACGAUCAUAUUUAAGCCUUCCUUUCUCAGAAGUUACCCAGUGUGUGCGUUUGUACUAGUUUUGUAAGUGAAGUAACCUUGGGAGAUGCUGUUUUGCUUUGUUUUACUGAUUUAUUCCUAGCAAAGGCAGUACCUGCUUAAGAAAUAGGAAUUUUGAUUUAGGAAUUAGGAAUUUCGAUUUAAAAACAUGCAAGUGAAUUUAAUGUCGUAUUCAACCUAAAAGUAAUAUCCAUCGUAACAAUCCACCACACAAAUAUAUGGAAGACAGUUUGGGUAAGGUUUAGUGCCCAUAUCUGCUGUUCAGUUUGAUAAACAUACACACAACCAGGUUCUGGACAUCAAGAGGAAUUAUCCGAGUUUAAAUCUCUUGAUAAUGCUUUUGGAUGUCAAACUGUGUGGAAAAAAAAAACACAGUAAAGAUGAAUGCACUAGUGGUGUGAACAAACAAAUUUUUUUUUAACUCUUUCCAUUGUUUCAGUGUCAGGUAUGAUUCUGUAUUAGUUCUGUAAGGGGAGGUUGGGGCCUGAGCCCCUCCCCUACCAAUGCAUUUACUUGUUCAAUAACUGUAAGGACCUUGACACUAACUGUAGCAAUUGUGGGGUUAAAAAAGAAAUUGGCGAGGGCACAAGAAAGUCGCAACAACUAAACACUCAAACAGCAAUCCUCUCCGCAACACAGCAUUUGCCAGGGCACGUGCGCAUACCCAUGUUUGCCAUUUCUUGAGGAUAGAGCCAUGUCAACAGUGGACAGUGGUGUCUACGGCUACAGCUGGUCACUGUAGUACAUCGGCGGGGGGAAAAAACCGAAGUCAUAGCCACAGGACUGCUGAUUGGGGACAAAGCCUAAACCACACUUCAGCACAAUGGUCCAUUAUUCAUUCGCAAGAGAAACCUCAACAACUUCCUAUCCUAGCCUCCAAACGGCCACAAAAUGAAAGUUGAUGGCAGCACCACGCCCAUAGUAUCUGUACUCCAUGUUGUAAAGCAGACACAUGUUUGGGGGGAGGGGUAGUAUAAGUGACUUAUUGGAGUGGUUUUUUUUUAAACAGCUUUCUUUUUUAAUCUCAAGAGGACUUUUUGUUGCUUCUAAAUUGCGUUAACUUUAAACUCUAAGCCUUCUACAUCAAGCAUUACCCCCUCCAAGCCAUUCCACCUGUAAGGAAUAUAAUUGAUUGGAAAUUCUGAUGCAGUUGCUCAGUGGGUUUAAAGAAAAGAUAACACUGCAGGGCCUGUUGCAUAGAUAUGGCAGUGUACAGUGACAUUGGAACACAGCCACUGAAUAACUAUUCACAAGUGGUAUUGAGGUCUGAUAGUAACAAAUGUAAUCGUAGAAAAAAAAAAUCGUUAUUUUUUUAUGAGUGGGAUGUUUGAAUGAGAGCGUUUGAACUUUUGAAUGGAGUAUUGAAUGAGUUGUACCAUGAAAUUUUGAGUUGAAUGUGUGCGUGAUAAUUUGUCUUAAUUUUCAACCCCUUGUUUGCUUAGUUUGCCAAAAAUUAUAGACACAUACGGUGCUCAACCUUUUAGCAAAUUUAGAAUAAUGAUUUGAUUACAUGCACGGAUAAGGCAUUUCAACUGUACAGCUGUGUAAUCAUUUCUAUGGGUGUAUCACUUUGAUUUUUCUAUUAUUCAGAUGCUGUGAUGUCAACUAUUAUUACUGUAAUCUCAGCUGCACCUGUGUUCUGUUUGUGAUUUUAAAUUAAACAAAUGAAAAAAUA